CAUAGCUUAAAAGAUGCCACCAGGAAAGCAAAAUGCCCGGAUGUCUCGUGCCAACGGCGCAGGCGAAGAUAAUCGAACGAUUGCUGAGAAGUUAGCUUUAGGAUCUGAAGUGAAAGAAUUAAAAAUGGGCCGCAGUUUCAUGAAUGAUAAAUCUGUAUCAUUCCAUACUUUGCGGUAUGACUUCAAGCCAGCUAGUGUCGACGUUUCAAAAGACGCAGCUGUUGCGAUUGAAGAAAAUCAGAAAGUGACCGUAACAGUGCCCCAUGUAGAUGGUGCAGGCACUCCCCAUACUGUAUAUAAAGGCUCAUACCGCCCUUACCAGAAAGAAUGUGUUCUGAUAAUUGAUAGAAAAACCGGAAAAGUGACACUGGAGAAACUGAGCAGUAAUUUACAAUUGAAGAAAACUCGCUCAGAGACAGAAGGUUUUAACAAGAGAAGCAGCUUGUUGCGUGCACAGCAGAUGGCUUCAUCACUAUCAACAGUUAUACCACGUCAUUCACCAUUGCAUCCAUCGCCAUCACACCAUUCACGUAGUCCAACCCAGACUUCAAAUCAAGCAGCAUCAGCAGCAAGCAGUUUACCACUUAUUGGUCUGGAUGAAAUUACUGAUACAGUCUCCCCACCAGCACCUUUAUCUUCUCAGCAAGAAAACAUGGGCCAACAGUCAUCGCUCCCCUCGCUUUCAGAGUCAUCAUCAAGUGACAGUUCUCCAGAUCAGUCAGACAGUGAAACGGAGACUAAGCCUUCGGCUGGUCACCAAUCUUUUCCUAGUGGUGGUGGUAAUAGUACCAAUGGACAAUUUUCAGGGUUCUCAAAGAUUCUGAAUGAGGAUUUGCAGCUGUCAGAAUCAGGUUCAGAUGACUAAAAAAAUACUUCAGAAAUGAUCCUUUUGAACUCCAGUUCCUCUGUUUUGCAGGUUCUGUUGUAGUUGCUUUAUUUAUUUGUUGUCAUGUGACAUGUGAUUGUUCAAAAAGUUUGCCAAUUGAGAGUUUUGAUUUUUAUUUAAAAAGAGGAACUUGCAAAUCAUCGCUAUCUGUGUUAAGAAAAGGAAAUUUGUCAUCUGUUGGAGGAUACUUUUGAAAGAAAAAGUUGAGCUGAGUAACAUGAAAAUUUGCUGUGUAAAAGUUUAGUGUUGAUGGGAAAUAACUUUCUGCCAGUUGAACUUUCUAACAGAUUGUGGGAGCUGUCUGUUUAGUAAUAGUGCAAUAUAUAAUCUAUUUAUAUUGUUUUGUAUUAUGUAAAGAUGAGAAACAAACCUUGUCAGAUGUGAAUAAAUUAGAAAAUGACAUAUAAAA